UGCGCAGAAAACCUGGCGGGCGCAAGGCAGGAUCCCUGAGGUAGCCGGCGAGUGGGUGAGCUAGCGAGUGCUUCAUCCCUGCUUCGUUUGAGGUCGGCGCCCGUCCUCUUAAGAGGAGUGGGAACUCCGGCCCCGGCCACGUUUCUGAGGGACGAAGGACCCCUAGUCUGUGUGUGAGACAAAGGCUGGGAGCUCCUUAGGGCUGAGGCUAUCAUUUGGAAGCAAUGAGUUUAAAACCCUUUACCUACCCAUUUCCAGAAACGAGGUUUCUUCAUGCAGGACCCAAUGUGUAUAAAUUCAAAAUCAGAUAUGGCAACAGCAUCAGAGGAGAAGAGAUAGAAAAUAAGGAAGUCAUCAUCCAAGAACUGGAGGAUUCUAUCCGCGUGGUCUUGGGAAACUUGGACAAUCUGCAGCCCUUUGCUACAGAACACUUCAUUGUAUUUCCCUAUAAAAGUAAAUGGGAGAGAGUUUCCCACCUGAAAUUCAAACAUGGGGACAUCGUCUUGAUCCCCUACCCAUUUGUCUUCACUCUAUAUGUGGAGAUGAAAUGGUUUCAUGAAAACAUGUCACCUGGGAAACCAGUAAAUGACAGUCCUGUUGGGUUGGUCCUAACUGAGAAUAAACCAAUAGGAGCCACAAUGAAGAAACGAAAACGCUUGGAAGAGCCCAGCUCCUCCAUCAGGUCAGAGCUGCACAGGGCCAAGAUGGGGACUUCUAGCCAAGACCCCAGCAAAAAGAAGCCUGCUAUGGAACCCAGGAGGAAUAGAGAAAGAAAAACCCAGCAGGAAUGGCAGGAGACCCUAGUCUCUGAUAUCACCGAUGUCCAGGAACAGGAUUCUAAGUUGGAAGACAGCCUGGUAGGGCCAAUUCUCCCACCACUGGAGCAGAACAAUCCAUCUCCACCUGAAGAACCAGGAACCAGUGGCUUCUUUGGGUUUCUAAGCUCUCUCUUCCCGUUUAGAUAUUUCUUCAGGAAGAACAACCACUAAUGAGCCUUCCAAAUGCAGCAGUGGAAAGAGGAUCAUCUCUUGGAGUCAAUCCUCCCAAGCCACUCUCUUCCUCCAUCUCUAUCCUUUUCUUAUGACACUUCAGCCAUGGGAAAUGAGGGUACCAAACUGAAGGUUUAUCCUGUGCUUUGCCCCUUUAUAACUGAUUUUUUUUCCAAUUCAAAACACUGAGAAUGGAACUUUAUAAAAUGUUAUGGCCCUGAGGGUCAGUUUAGGCCUUUUGUCUCCAGCACUUAGGAUCCUAAUGACAAUAAAUUAUUUAUGAAGAGCUAUUGAUUGAAUUUAGUGAGGUAGAGUAAAAGAGAACAAACUCUUCCGUCAAGACACAGAGAGACAGUGCAUGACACUUCCUCUAUGUCUACCUGGUUACUGUUUACAGGAUCUCUUUGGGUGGGUGAG